AUGAGUAGAGCAAUCGCAAGCUACGUUGGUCACAACGAGACGCUACCCUGCAUUCUUAUCGCAGACCUAGAGGCGCAAAACAUAACGGUCAGCGCCGAAGACAUCACGUGGCAGCUACCCGACGGCAGGACUUUGAAUGAGAACACCACGGAACUCGAUAACAAGAAAAUAGUCGACAGCGGGGACCUUCUUAUAACGGAAAUCAAGAAGGAGGACUUUGCUUGGUACCUCUGUAUAGUGAUUAAUGACACUGAGACACUCUACUCUAAGGCGCUACUCAAGAAGGUUCUCACCAGCGAUGAGUUGCACGACCAGCAAAUGACUCAGGUGACGAUAGGCAGCAUAGCGGCAGCUGUCGUCAUCGCCAUCUUCGGCUCGCUCUGCAUCAUCUAUGUCGUCUACCCUACCGAGACGUCGCCUCACACCGACGAAGCCGAUAGGAAGCGUAGUGGCUAUGCGAAGAAUCGCGUGGCUGACGUGGACAACACGAAAGGUGAGGUGAACCUAGCCUACGACGACACAGAGGUGGUGACCAAGUUCUAACCUCCAAUCGAAGCUAUCUAGAUGCGCCACAGGACGGCAGCAAGGUCUACUGUUAUGUGAACUGAUCGGUAUCCCUGUUCAGUGAUUAAAGUGAGCUAAGUGGGAGAAACCGUCAUCCACAUCAGAAAGGAUUUAAUGUCUUCGGUUUGCAUUGCGAUGGAGGCGAAACAGUCGCGGUGUGCUGGAACAAUUUUACAUUUCUAACACCAGGUGGCAGCAGGCUGUCUGUCGAAGAGUGCCAUAUUUUUGUGUGUGCGUGAUUCAAUCGUUAUCUUUCAGAAAAGAUAGAAAGCCAAUGAUUAAAUUACAAUUGAUACGACAAUGUAGCAAUUAAUAAUGUACACGUAAAAAUACAU